AGCUAAAAUCAAACUGAGUUUAUUUAGUUCGCUCUGAGUGUUGAAGGUGCAGCGGUAACAAAAGACAGCAAAUGGCAUGACAGGCUGACUGGGCCAAAAGUGACGCUGAGGAUUAUCCGCAUCAUUGGAUCCCAACACUGACACCUGGCACCCCGACCUGGCCCACAGUGUACCUGCAAUGCCCCCCAAUGCCGCGCCUAGCCUCCAUUAAGGAUUCGCAGAUGACUGGGCCAUGUGGAGACAAGCAGCAGAAUGAAGGACAAGCAGCAAACAUCACCCUAACCCAAAUCACAUCAGGCUGCACACCAGGGAAUGUCCACAAGAGGCGAAGCAGGCCAAAGAGGAGAGUGUGCAUCAAUUUGACCAACUGCAAGUACGAAAGCGUGCGGCGCGCCGCUCGUCGCUACGGCCUUAAAGUGCAGACGGAAGGAGACGACUGGACGCUGAUGUGGUCCGACUGCUCCGUGUCACUGGAGAGGGUGAAGGCCAUGAAGCAGUACCAGAAGAUCAAUCAUUUCCCCGGGAUGAUCGAGAUCUGCCGCAAAGACACUCUGGCCAGGAACUUGAACCGCAUGCUGAAGCUCUUCCCUAAAGACUACAACAUCUUUCCCAGGACGUGGUGCCUUCCCGCAGACUACUGCGACUUCCAAGCGUACACGCGCGUCAAAAAGCACGCCACCUUCAUCUGCAAGCCCGACUCUGGCUGUCAAGGACGGGGCAUCUUCAUCACCAGGUCCAGUCGAGAUAUUCAGCCCGGAGAACACAUGAUCUCUCAGCUCUACAUCACCAGGCCUUUGGUGAUGGACGGCUACAAGUUCGACUUGCGUAUCUAUGUGCUGGUGACGUCAUGUGACCCGCUAAGGAUCUUCCUGUUCAAGGAGGGGCUGGCCCGCUUCUGCACCACCAUGUACACUGAACCAGCGCACAGCAACAUGGACGAAGUGUGCAUGCAUCUUACCAACUACUCCAUCAACAAGCACAAGGAAAACUUCAUUCGUGAUGACAACACGGGUAGCAAGCGGAAGCUGACGACGCUCAUCCGGCAGCUGGAGGUGGCCCGCGCCGACACGGCCAAGCUGUGGGGCGACAUCGAGGACCUGAUCAUCAAGACGCUGAUCGUUGUGCAGCCAGUCCUCAAGCACAACUACCGCACGUGCUUCCCCAACCACGCCGCCGCUAGCGUCUGCUUCGAGAUCCUCGGCUUUGACGUCCUGCUGGAUCACCGCCUACGGCCCUGGCUGCUCGAGGUACCGCCAGCACCUCUACACUCCCCCCAAAAAAUUGUGAACCACUCGCCGAGUUUCACCACCGACUCGCAGCUGGACCGCGAGGUGAAGGACACUCUGCUGCUGGACACGCUGUUGCUCAUCAACCUGAACGCCUGCAAAAGGAGCAGGAUCACCAAGGAGGAGCGCAGGCUCUCCAAGGAGCGUCUACAGGAGAACCCGUCCAAAGCAGCAAGGGCCGAGGAGCUGCGCCAGUCCCAUGCGGCCUCGGCCCAGCAGAUGGACAUGUACGAGAGCAAACAUCUAGGAGGCUUCAGGAGGAUCUUCCCCAGAGAGGGCGGAGACAAGUACGACAAGUUUUUCACACAGGGAAGCACGCUGGUACAGGCCACGGAAGCUUCCAGAGCCCGACAGGAGUGUGCCAGGCAACAACUGCAGGAGCUGCGUGACAAGCAGCGGGACGUGACCGUCGCCCGGCAUCGGGACACUCAGGGGGAAACGGCAGGGGAGCGCCCCCAACGCCCUAAACCUCGACCGGCACCACGCAAACCCCCCGUCACCCACCCGCUCCUCAAGCCUCCUGCUGCAGUCCAAACCUGUGAGCUGGAAGAUGGGAAUGAUGAAGAGGAGGAAGAGGAGCGAGUCAAGGCGCUGAUCCAAAGGAAGAAGCUGCUGCUGGACCUGGGCCUGGUCCAGCACAUCCGCCAGCUGCUGCAGCUGGAGGGCCAUGACGACGACGGGCCCCGCCAGCAGGGGCCGCCGGCCGCCGGGAGGCUUUUAACGCUGCACUCUUUGACGCCCAUUUCUGAAAAAAGCAAGACGUCGGCCUGCAUUCUGACAUCCAGACAGAGCUCGCUGAGGCCUUCGAGCGCACUCAGGAAUUUCCACACUCCAGGCUGCCUGCAGCUCGAGACAGAAGGCCGCCACAAAGUUGAAGGCAAAGGAUGGACCAUCAGUGCUGAGAGGGUCCCGGGGCCAGGCCCCGCGCGCUUGCCAAACGUCAGCAGGCUCCCUGACCGGCGGGCCCGUGAAGGCGGCGUCCCCCUCGUCAAGAGGGUCCCCAAAGGACGUAGUCCCUGCACACAACGUGACCCCGCAGACCUGCAGGGCCUCCUGGUCACCUCCACGCGCCCCCCUUUGCUCCGGAGACCUCGCCUCGCCCGAUGGCCCCCUCAGCAGGGUGAAGGACCCUGAACCAGGGCUCCCCAAACCAGCCGCUGUUCACAAUUUCCAGCAUCAAAACUGUGAAAGUAGAAAAGCACUGCAAGGAGAUUUUAUUCAUUUCUACCUGAUCUUGUUUAUACUUUUUUAUUUUUUUUUGUCUAUGAAUUCAACUUUGGGUGCCAACUUGAACAUAAACAGAUCUCCUCAGGGCAUCAACUUCUCACUGGGACUAUAAUUUCCUAUUUAAUUCAAAUGAACGCUUCAGGAAUUGACGUUCAAUGGCCUUUUACUAUUACAUUUAAUUACAAAAAUGAAUUGUUUAUGGGACAUCCUCAUCAAGGGUAUUUUUAAUUCAAGAACCUGCAAGAAUGCAAUAAAAUUAACCUUUUGAAAUGUAAAAAAAAAAAGACAUUUUAUAUUUAAAGCAAUUUUCAGCUGAUGUAUCAUAUUGCCUUUUUUUUUUUUUUUUUACUGUGACCUUUUUGUAUUAAAUGAAAAUGCACGUGGCAGCAUUUUGUCAGAGGCCAUAAAACUUUACAACAUUUGUCAGCUGCUUUGUUUGCACUCUGAAAAUAAACACGACAAAUUGCCCACAACAACAACACGUCAACGUUUUGGUGGCUCAAAAAUAGAUUUGAGCGUAUUUUAAAAUAAGCAGACGCUGGAGAUUAGGACCAAGAAAAUGAUUGUAAAUAUCUACUGAAUGUUCCAUCUUAAAACGAAAUUGUUUUAUUAAAAUGUAUUCUUCUGUGUAAGACAAUAAGAGUGUCUGUAUUUUGACUCAUGAUAAGGAAACGAAAAAAUAAGGAUGUUUCUCUGUGAAAAUAAACCCUGAAGUAUGGUAAUGACA